AUGGGGGAGGAGAAGAAGGGGGGUUGGCAGGCCAUGGACAUUAGGGCUUCUCCCGCCGUGGGAGCCACGGAGACGAGGGAUGAGCUGAAGAGGAAUCAUGAGGACGAUGCCCUGAACGCGGACGCCGGUGUGGGGUGCGGCGGAGUUGAAGACUUUGCAUUGGCGGAGGAGCAGGAGGAGGAGGGCUGGUGCAUGCCACACGGUACGGCCGAAGACAAGAAGGCGGGCCAGGGUUACCUUAGGUGCGAUCUCUGCAACGAAUUUCUUUCCGAGGACGAAGACCUGCACCAACAACGCCAUCACGCGGAGCUGGCAAACUGGUGCGGCAAAGUCCUUUCAGUAGAGGCGAAGGAAAUGUGCAUGAGACCUGUGCCACUGGAGCAAAUUGGCAAUCUUGGCCUUUUUGUGAUGGAGAGUGUCGCGGAGCUGGACAUGGGCCGGGAGGCAUUUGCGGUGAUCCAGCGCGCAUCUAAACAGCUCAAUGAAAUUAUCGGCAGUUUUAUGAGGAACGCACAGGUCUUCCUCUUUGGGGGUUGCGUCGCGUGUGGCUCAUGGGAUGGCGUCGGCGACGCCGAUUUCACGGUAUUGGAAUCCUCUCAUGGCUGGCGACUGAAGGAAGGAGUGUGGGAGAAUCCGGAUGAGACGCGAUGCAUUUUUCAGAUUGCCGGUGCACUCCGCAAUGCCGGCUUCUUGUAUAGUGAGUUGGAGCCUGUUGUCCGGACGCGCGUGCCUGUAUUGAAGAGGAAACAAAAGGUACGAGCACCUCUGCGUAUCCCGAUGAGGCACGACGGCUUCAAGCUUGUCUACGUCUUCUCGGAACCACCUCCCAGGAAUGCGUACAAUGAUUUUCUGCGGGAGGCACGGGAUAGACAGAUCAAAGUGGAGGAGAAUUGUCCAAAUGAAGUGACGCUUCACUUGAAUACGGCCCAUGAUGCACUGCGGUAUUACCAGGCCAGGGAACGGGGACUGGGAAAUGUGACGAAGAGAUGGAAAUCCGAUCAUCAGUUACCGGAUAUCUUUUCUCUCGAUUUUGACAUCAGCUGCAGGCCGCUAGGGGUGCGUAACAGCUGGUUUAUGCGUCAAUAUUUCUCCCAGCAUUCUGUGGCUCGGGCGGGUCUUGCAUUUCUCAAACGAUGGAGUAAACAAAGUGGAAUUAACAAUGCCCUGAGGGGAUAUCUGACGUCUUACGCCAUCAUGGUCCUUUGGGCGUACUACUUGCUGCGGCGUGGUCUCGUCGAAUAUAUUGACCCCGCAUCUUUUUCCCUCACGCCGUCUAUUGACCAGCUGGAGGUCUCAUACCUUCCUCUCCUGAGAGAUGACGGCGAUGGCGGUGAAUCCAUGAGGAGUGUGUCACAAUCCCCAAAGUUGGAGCCAAUGCGAGGGGAACUUGGUUCCUGUGUAGCGGGUUUCUUCUCCUUCUAUGCGUGUUUUCCAUGGGAGGAGCUUGUUGUCUCGUUGCGAGCGCGGGAUGGAGAUGUGACACGGGAGAGUCUUGGCUGGGUGGAGGCCUCCGAGGUGAAAGCAAUCAGGUUGAGGGACCGGGUUUGGUACCGCAUGUGCAUCGAGGACCCGUAUGAGGACAAUUUAAAUCUCGGACGCCAUCUCUCGCCCAAGAAGUUUGCCUUUGUGCAAUCGCAGUUUGUUGUCGCCCACAGUUUGUUGAUGCGUGGCCGGCCGGAGCGGCUCCUCGAGGACGCUAGAGCAUUGGCGAGCAUCACGCUGCGGGCGUUGUUACACCGCAUCGUGUACGAGGAGGGACUGACGGAGUUGUCGCCGUCAGAGGCGCGGGAUUUUAUCCUCUCGCGGCUCGAUGAGGAGAAGUUGGGUUACUACGAAGUGCAGUAUUCACUCGAAUCCCUCUGCAAUAUGCUCCUGCAGAUAUGCAACAACAACAACAACAGCAAACGCAGCAACCCCUCCAAUACCGAGGAGGAGAGCACUCACGACCCGACUUGUCCUCAUGCCGAGGAAGGUGGUAUUGAUGGCGACGCUCAUCAGGGGGAUGCGGGACGUGUCGACGGCACGGAGCGACCACCCUCACCUCGCUCAUGCCUACACGAAAUUGACGAGAAGAUGCGCGCAGCAUGUCGUUUGGGGAUCCCCGAUGAAGAGGUCCCUGCGUCGGUGCGAGGGGCGUACUUCUUUGCAUGCGGCCGUGCCUUCCGCACCGCGGCGGAAAGGGAUGUUCUGCAGGUACACGUGAAUGCCCUGUCACGCGUUUGGCGGGAUGCGUCCAUGGAGAUUGAAGAGGUACGCGUGAAACUGGAGGAUGUACUCCCGACGGCAGUGCGGGAUCCUGCACUCAUCGACGUUCUCCUUCAAUACCCGGGGGUGCAUGACAUACUGCAGGUGGAGGACCGCCAGCACGGUGAAGCGGAAAGGCCUGUUGUGCGCGAGAAGCUGCCCCGGAGGAAGGGUUUAUUAGCUUUUACUGUGAGGCGUGCGCAGAAUUCAUUUGUAGGAAAGUGCAGCGACUGUAGGCAGGAGAAUGUUUCCGUGUGGCGUACAAACAACCAUCGCCGGGACCCAGGCAAUUACUGUGACGCCUGCUGGAAAUUGUACGAAGAGGCCUACCAAACGUGA